CCAGCGGUAGGGAAUGUAUCAUUCACAGAGAUAGUCUUACCGAAUAGAGUGGUCAUAUUUUCGCUGAAACAAAAUGAAAUUCAUCUUCGCUUUCCUCGCUCUGCUGUCGAUCGCCCUGGCGCAGAAUUGCGUCCGGGACGAUUCCAACGGACAGCCGCAAUGCAAUGCCGAGGAGAUGACGCAACGCUUCUGGCGUAACAACUGGGAUCCCACCGCGUACUGGGAUUGUGAAACGGCCAACACCCCGGCCACGGCCCGCCGCUGCCCGACGGAGGGAAUGUUCGACUCCGCCACGCUGACCUGCAUCAACUGGAGCGAGUGGGUCUGGACGGAGACCUGCAAGCCCCCAAGCAUGCUUUAAAGUGUGGAA